CUGGAUUCCUGGAAAUCUUUAACUUCGUGAAGGCCGUGCCCUUCCUUCCGAGACGGGCCCUUUCGUCUGCCAGCACCUUUAAUUUUUAUUUUGACGGAUAAUGUGGACAAUAUUUCCUGUAAUAUUCAGUUGUUUUGCGAUGAUAAUGGACCGUGGACUACUUGUGUAGCUUCAAGGCCAUUUAGAUUAAGGCAUUGCUCACCAACGUAGCUAUAUCAAAGCAAACAGCCAAAAUGGAAGAGGACGAAACAUUAUUUCAAGACAGUAGCUCCCUAACACCUAUCAAUGUUGAUAGUGCUCCUAAUAUAGCGUCAUCUAGUGUUUAUGCUAGUGCUCAAGAGCUGAACGGAGAAGCCUGGCGGUUAAAUGGACCCCGAACUAAUCCAAUUUUUGACUUUCAUCAAAAAGUACUCCAAGUUGAAGAGGAGGUGGUAAAGAAUGGAGCAGAAGUUUUGAACAUGUCACCGCUUAAUAGUGAUGAGACAGAUUGCAUCCAUGGACAUUCAUCUUCUCUUUACUUCAACGAUGGAGAAAGAACAAUAGAUUUUGUGAUGGUUUGGGACUCUCUAAAUGAAAAAGCAAAUGAAGAAACAGCCAUUCGAAAAAGAGGAAUAUUUGAAGACAAAUUGGAGCUAGAAGGAUUGCAAUUGGAACGAGAAGAAGCUCAUUCCAAUGGCCUUGUGUUUAUAAAAAUACAUGCUCCUUUCAAUCUACUCAGAACCUAUGCAGAAAUCCUUAAACUACGAAUGCCAAUGAAAGACGAUUUGUGCCACCUCCCCAAAGAUGAUAAAAAGGGUGCCAUGCAUUGGGCUACAUUGUACUUGGCACAGAAGAUACCAGCUCUGACAGAAGUCCAUGCAAAAACAAAUAGCCUUUUAGAAAAUUUCAAUUCCUUAUUUCAUCGUGUCAUGUCUCGUUUCUAUGUUGAUGAAAAAAUUUUCCCCCCUAAAGGACAAAGAUUUACUGCUGUGUACAGUAGGGACAAGGAGUACUUGUUUGACAUUGACUCUCCAUACUUCUUUACCCCAGCUAUUCGCUCAAGAAUAAUUCACUUCAUAUUGGAUCGAAAAGGCUUCUCUACUGAUCCUAAAGAUGAUUUUGCAUUUGGUAUUGAAAGACUGAUAGCAGAUGAUGUUUAUAAUGCUGCAUAUCCUUUGCAUGAUGGUGACCUGCAUAGACCAGGUAGUAUGCGUCACCUUUUGUACACCGAGUGGGCAGCAGUGCGGAAAUUGCUGCAAUACCAACCUCUAGACUAUGUAAAAGAAUACUUUGGAGUCAAAAUUGGACUGUAUUUUGCAUGGUUAGGAUUCUACACCCACAUGCUAUUUCCUGCUGCAAUUGUGGGAUUAUUGUGUUUUGUUUACAGUUGUCUCACUCUAUAUUCAAAUCAGCCCAGUGAGGAUAUUUGCAAUGAGAAGUUGGACAUCAAAAUGUGUCCUCUCUGUGAUUUCUUCUGUGACUACUGGGAAUUACAGGAGACUUGCCUUCAUGCAAGAGUCACUUAUUUAUUUGACAAUGGAACCACUGUCUUUUUUGCAAUAGUUAUGUCAUUUUGGGCUGCUACAUUUUUGGAACUCUGGAAGCGAUAUUCUGCAGAAAUUACUCAUCGCUGGGAUCUGACUGGUUUUGAUGUUCAGGAAGAACACCCAAGACCACAGUACCUUGCUAGACUUGCUCAUGUAAAACGCAAACAUGUUAAUGUAGUCACAAAUGAAAUGGAGCCACAUGUACCUUUCUGGUCCAUGCGGUUACCAGCUACCUUGCUCUCUUUUUCUGUGGUGAUACUCCUCAUAGCGAUGGCUGUAGUAGCAGUUCUUGGAGUUGUCCUUUACCGUAUGUCACUCUUGGCAGCUUUAAGUGUCUAUGGAGAUUCAGUCAUAACAUCAUAUGCAUUACUUUUCACAACUGCUACUGCUGCCUCUAUUAACUUGUGCUGCAUCAUGGUAUUUAAUUUGGUUUAUACAUGGCUAGCUGAAAAACUAACAGAAGUAGAAUUACUUCGUACUCAGACUGAGUUUGAUGAUAGUCUUACGCUAAAAAUAUACCUACUACAGUUUGUUAACUAUUAUGCAUCCAUUUUUUAUAUUGCAUUUUUCAAGGGGAAGUUUGUGGGGUACCCAGGAAAUUAUAAUAGACUCUUUGGUUUCAGGAAAGAGGAGUGUGGACCCGGUGGCUGCCUUAUGGAAUUGUGUAUACAAUUGGCCAUCAUUAUGGUUGGGAAGCAGGCAAUGAACACCUUGCUUGAGAUGGCUUACCCACUUUUCUUCAAAUGGCUGAAUACUCUGAAAGUGAAAACAGGAUUGGAUCCUGGUUCACCUGCGACAAAACGAUCUAAGCAGUGGAUGAAAGAUUUCAAGCUAGUCGAGUGGGGUCCUCGAGGACUUUUUCCUGAAUAUCUAGAAAUGGUGUUACAGUAUGGUUUUGUCACAAUAUUUGUGGCUGCUUUUCCUUUGGCUCCAUUCUUUGCUCUUCUAAACAAUGUAUUGGAGAUGCGGUUUGAUGCUAAAAAGCUUCUUACUUUUCAUCGUCGCCCAGUGAGCCAACGAGUUAGAGAUAUUGGUGUGUGGUAUCGUAUUUUGGAUUCAAUUGGAAAACUUUCAGUCAUUACAAAUGGUUGCAUCAUUGCUUUCACCUCAAAUUUUAUUCCCCGAUUGGUGUAUACCUUUGCUGUUAGCGAGGAGAGAAACCUUAAUGGGUUCCUGAACCACUCCUUGGCCUAUUUCAAUGUCAGUGAUCUAGAGAAAGGUGCUGCUCCGCAGAAAUCUAAUUUCACUGUAACUCUAUGUCGUUAUCCAGAGUACAGGGAACCUCCAUGGAGUGAGAAUAAAUAUGAGAAGACAUCUAUGUUUUGGCAUGUGCUAGCUGCUAGGUUGGCCUUUAUUGUGAUAUUCGAAAAUGUGGUGGUAUUUGUCAUGAUUUUGGUGAGAUGGUGUAUCCCAGACAUGUCAGCAAGUCUGCGAGAUCAGAUCCGUCGUGAAAUGUAUAUUACUAAUGAGAUAAUAAUUAGACAAGAAACAGCAAGAGCAAGGCAACUGUUUCGUAGCUGUUCACCUGAUGGACAUUCUGAUCAACAUGAACACCC